AUACUGCUGGUUAUAGUGUACAAGCAAUAGCAGUAGCAUUAGGUUUAACCAUACAAGUCAAUGUUGAACUUAUGGAGAAAGGCUCCUGUACGAAGGUGGGGACUUCGGUUCAACUCAGGAGUCGCAUCCACCACCACUACCACCACCACCACCAAACCACCAUUAUUAUCCAUACUUCCUAAGAAGAAAGUUAUGAACAAACUAUUGUUCGAUAAUGAUUCACGAUUUACUUAUUCUAAAACUAUACCUAUCCUUCAAGCAGUGUAUGAAAAUCUUGAUAAUCCUGAUGAAAUAGUAUAUCCUUCAAAAGUUAAUGGUCAAGAUCUUAUGGUAUUAAAACUGGUUUUAACUAAUGUUCGAACUAUGACCAAUACAAUUAAUAAAAAUCUUUUAGGAUUAGAAAAUGAAUUAGUUGAACAAGCAGCAGAAAUGGGUGAUAAUGAUGCUGUUGCUUUAUUAAUGUAUGAAGUAUUAUGUAAAAGUAUUCGAGAAAAGGAUUCAGUAUCUGAUGAAGAUGAAAAAUAUGCUAGUGAAACUCUUUAUGAUUUAAUUCAGCUUCCUAAUCUUUUAGCUAUAAAAUUAAUGGGAAAUUUCUUGUUUCUGAUAAAUCAAUUUACUCAAGCUAAAGAUGUUUGGAAAAUGUAUCUUAAAUUAGAUAAUGAUAGUAUUCAAGCUGCUCAAGUUUAUUCUAGUCUUGGAGCUUAUUAUAUGACUUAUGAACAACCAACAGUUAAUCUUGGUAAAGCUAAAAUUUGUUUUGAAAAUGCUAUAAGAUUCGGAAUUCUUGAUGAUAAUUUAGCAAAGACUCAUUAUUAUCUUGGACAAUUAUAUAGUAAUGUUGAUCCUGAAAUAGCGAGAUAUCAUUGGGAAAUUAGUGCCACUAAAUCUCUUGUUGAAAGUUUCUCAGCUUUAGGAUUUCUUGAACUUAAUACUUUCCAGAAUUAUUCAAAAUCAGUAGAAUGGUUUAAAUUAGGUGUUGAAACUUCUAAGGAUGUGGUUUGUAUGAUAGGAUUAUUUGAUGUAUAUUAUCGUAUGAAAGAUAAUCUACAAGCUUUUACUUGGUUAGGAAAGAUAACAGCCUUUAAUGAAAAACUUAAAUCAUAUAAGAAAACACCAGAAUAUAAUAAUCCCGAGAUGAAAGCCUACAUUAAUAACCAUGAAGUUCAAAUCGAGCACUUUUUCAAAUCUAGAUCCAAUGAAAUUAAUGACGUUACUAGUAAUGUUGCUUAAAUUUACUUACUUGUAUAUAUAU